CCUCAGCGGCCAUGUUAGGUUCGGGCAAGGGCAUCGCCGAAGCUCUUGGUUUCCGCCACCCGACUUCCGGCCGUGGGCAGCCCAGGCACGAGCGCUUCGAGGGACCGCGCGGUGGCCUGGCGAGGUUACAGAAGCUACGGCACUUCAGAGGGGUCCUGUUACCCCUCACACACGUCUCCCAGGUGUUGAUGCCAGCGGAGAUUUGAAGCUUGGGAACCUGUGUCUCCAUCCUUUGCAAACACUCAAGCGCUGCGGUGCUGACGGUGGAUGGCAGUCUAGGAGGCGGGCGCGCAGAAUGGCUGGGAGGAGGCCGGCGGGCCUGGGCGGGCAGCGCCAGCUCCUGGGGCUGCUGCUGGCGGUGGCCGCCGUCCACCUGGCCGCCUGCCCCUACACCAAGGUGGAGGAGAGCUUCAACCUGCAGGCCGUGCACGACCUGCUCUACCACCGGCUCGACGUGGAGAAGUUUGACCACCUCGAGUUCCCCGGCGUGGUCCCCAGGACGUUCCUUGGGCCGCUGCUGAUCGCUGCGCUCUCCAGCCCCGCGGUCUACGCGCUCUCGUUGUUGGAGAUGUCCAAGUUCUACUCUCAGCUCGUAGUCAGGGCCGUCCUGGGACUUGGCGUGAUUCUUGGACUCUGGACGUUACAAAAAGAAGUGAGGCGGCAGUUUGGGGCCACGGUGGCCGCCCUGUUCUGCUGGGUGACGGCCUCACAGUUCCACCUGAUGUUCUACUGCACGCGGACUCUCCCCAAUGUGCUGGCCCUGCCCGUGGUGCUGCUGGCCCUGGUGGCCUGGCUGCAGCAGAGGUGGGCACGCUUCAUCUGGCUCUCGGCCUUCGUCACCCUGGUCUUCAGGGCCGAGCUGAGCCUACUCCUGGGUCUGGCGCUGCUGUUGCCGCUCUGCUGGCGGAAGCUCUCGCUGACCCGGGCCCUGCGCUGUGCCGUGCCGGCCGGGAUCCUCUGCCUGGGACUGACAGUGGCCGUGGACUCCUAUUUCUGGCGCUACCUCGUGUGGCCAGAAGGGAAGGUGCUCUGGUACAACACCGUUCUGAACAAGAGUUCCAACUGGGGCACCUCUCCGCUGCUCUGGUACUUCUAUUCAGCGCUGCCGCGCGGGCUGGGCUGCAGCCUGCUGUUCGUGCCGCUGGGGGCGGUGGACAGGCGGGCCCUGGCGCUGCUGCUGCCCGCACUGGGUUUCGUGGCCCUGUACUCGCUGCUGCCGCACAAGGAGCUGCGCUUCGUCAUCUACGCCUUCCCACUGCUCAACAUCGUGGCCGCCAGGGGCUGCGCCCGCGUGCUGAGCGGUCACAGGACAUCCUGGCUGCACAGAGUGGGGUCCCUCCUGGUGAUGGGGCACCUUGUGGUGAAUGCCGCAUACUCGGCCACGGGCCUGUAUGUGUCCCACUUCAACUACCCCGGUGGCGUGGCGAUGCAGAGGCUGCACCAGCUUGUGCCCGCCCGCGCAGAUGUCAUCCUGCACAUCGACGUGGCCGCUGCCCAGACAGGCGUGUCCCGCUUCCUGGAGGUCAACAGCGCCUGGAGGUACGAGAAGACGGAGGAUCUGCAGCCGGGCUCGGCGCGCAUGCUGGCAUACACACACCUGCUCAUGGAGGCCGCUCCCGGGCCCCUGGCACUCUACCGGGACACACACCGCAUCCUGGCCCGCGUCCCAGGCACCACCGGACUGAGUGUGAAUCUGAGCAGGCUGCCUCCCUUUAACGUGAACCUGCAGACCAAGCUUGUGCUACUGGAGCGGCUCCGCGGGCCUCCCUGAGCGGGGGUGGGGCCCCCAGGGACGUGGGUGCCCGCCAGCUCCCUCCAGUCGAGCCGGGAACCGACCAAGGACAGCGGCUGCCCAUCCCUGGCUGUGCCUGGGUACCCAUGGCCGCGUCGCUUGCAGCCUGCGGUAAUGAGGGUGCCCACUCUCCAGGCCACGGGUCUCGCCCUGAGGAGCUGCUCUGGGGCAGCAGGCGGUGGCCUCUCGGCGCCUGGCAGGGCCCCUGGGCCGUGGAAACCCGAAGGCCAGCGCGUGCUGGGCGUACCCCACUGCACCUGGCCCUGCAGGGCAGGGCCUCCUCUGUGGUCACGGGCACACUGUCUCUGUUUCAGAAGAGAUCUUAGGAGAUAAACGUGUUCAGAAAGAAUGAGA